AAUAACAGCGGCGACGGGUUUGGAAACCUGAUAAAGGGGAUUGCGAGAGAUUCAAGAAAUGAACCCCAACUUGGUCUUUCGCCCAGGGAAAGCUUUUAUGGGUCACAAGGUCUCAAGCUACCAUCUAAAAGGAAGGUGCGAGGGGUGAGUGAGCAAGGCAGAGCCAGGAAGAACGCGAUGUUACACAACCUGCGAGAGCGGGAAUCCCGGCGGAUGAUGGAGCACCGCUUUAAAACUCUGAAGAAAAAGCUCUUCGAUGAGCAGCAAACCGCUUCCAAGGGCGCCAUUCUGGAUGAGGCCAUCGACACCAUCAGUAACUUGGAUAAAGAGUCCAAACAACUGCUUCUGGAGAAGGAAGAGCUGUUGGGAAAACAAAAGGUCUUGUUGGAGAAGAUUUCACUGCUAUCCGUGGAAGUAGGAUCUACUGUAACCGGAAACGGGAUAGAGGCAGGCGAGAUAAUUGAAGACGCUCUCUCGAACGGGAGAGACUUUCCUGGCCAGAAAUCGCCUGAAAUGAGAUGGUUUCCGGAGGAGCCCGCAGGCGACCACAGGACGGAGUUCGGAGGCGAGGGCUGGUGUGGGGAGAUCCAGAGUUUAGUUUGGGAGCAGAUGUGAAGCGUGAGGACCAAGGACACAAACCUGACGACAUAGUCAUGAUUAAGAUUGAAGAUGACUUUGGGGAGAAAGAGGACAGCGGACUGGAUCGUAACGAGGGCCCUAAGGGCUUUUUGGUGAAACGCAGGGAGGAGCUCAGUGAAGAGGAAGGUUGUGGUGGAUUCACUCCGACUAAGCAGGAUUCAUUUGGGAUGCCGCAACUCCGCAAGCAUUCAGAUUACAGCCUAGACCUGGAGUCUGCGAAUGAAUUCAAUGUGGAGGUGCUGGACUAUAAUGAGCCCCACGAGAAAUGGAAAGCCCGGAAGAAUGCGAUCUUACACACCAUUAGGGAGCGGGAAUCUCGCAGGUUAAUGGAGAACCGCUUUAAGGUGCUGGAGAGCGUGGUGUUCGAAGAGCAGAAGAAGGCUGCAAAGGGCGCCAUUCUCAACAAGGCCAUCGACGUGAUCAGUGAGCUGGGCAGCGAGGCCGGGAGCCUGGCCUCUCAGAGGGAGGAGCUGCUGAACAAGCAAAAGGAAUUGAUGGAAAGGUUUAUACGUCUCUCCGCAGCAACGACGCCGACGGGCAGAGCGAGUCCACUGGCGUCCGCUUCCCCGCUGGGCUGCGCUCCGGGUUCUAACCCGGCGGGAAUGUCCUGUGUGUCCGGCUUACCGGAAACGCCGAGCGCGGUGAGGGCCAUCGCCACUCGUGGUAGCAACGACAACAACCCCCACCACAACAGUAGCCACAGCGCGUCUGCGAGUCAGCCCCCCGAGCUGCUGUUUCAGGGCAGCCCCGACAAGCCACGCCACGUAGCUCCCGCGCUGGCGGCGAGAGUCGCACCGGACGCCAGCGGCCCAGCGGAAAGGCGGGACGAGGUGGAGCGGGCUGGUCUGCAGCUCCACACGGCCGGCGCCAUCCGUCACACAUCCACCCAUCAGCCCAGCGCUCUCGGAGAUGAGCUGAGCCACUGCGGUUUCCCUGGGGAGCAGCUCCGGUCGGCUCCGACCGUCAAGACCUCGCCCGUGGAGAGGGACCUGUUUUAUCCGACGGCCUUUGACACCAGCUGGCUCCCGACCAACGGUGAAAUGGCUUCCUUUCUGUCGGAGGAGCUGGAGGGUGUUGGGAAGGACCUGGAGGACGAGGAGGAGGCGGAGGAGGGGUGUCCGAGGGUGCGGCUGAGCGCCGGCGAGCUCGCUGCUCUGCAGCCGGACGGAGGCUCGGGAGAGCCGGGCUACGGGGAGUCAGCCGCUGAGUCCGACCCGCUCGGAGCCGAGAGGAAGAAGUGGGAGCGUCAGGAGGAAGCCGCUUUCGCCUCGGUGCAGGGAUCGUCCGUGGGCAGCUCGGACUGGGGCAGCCACUCCGACUUCGAUCUGACCGCGGAGGAUGUCAACGAGAUUGACGUGGAAAUACUGAGCCACUCGGACAGCGAGUACAUCGACAUGGAGAUGGAAGAGGGUGAGGUGGAGGACGGGCUUCCCGUGUCUUUAGCCGUCAGCAAAUUGUGUGCCCCUCCCAGGUGGCAUUUUCACAAUUAUUCUCAAGUGCCCAUGUUACAAUCUCACAGACACCCGACCAAGAGAAGGACCUUUCCGUUGGAGCUGAGGAGAAGCAGGAAGAACCUCCUGAGACACACUAUGCGGGAGCGAGAGCUACGACGGUUGAUGCAGACUCGUUUCAAUGGGCUGAGAGAACUUCUCUUCAAGUACGAGAAGGUUUCCAAGCGGGCCAUCCUGAACGAGGCCAUCAAUGAAAUCCAGGCCUUGAACGAAAAGGCGCAGAAAUUGGCGGUGGAGAAAAAGCUGCUGAUGAAAAAGCACAGGGCGUUGUUCAAGAUCAUCUCAGUCCUGUCCGGAGAGAAGAAGUGUAAGGAUCAGCAAAGCAGAGCGGCUGAAUGCGAGGAGGUGACAAAGGGAGUUACAAGGCAGACAUCGAGUCUGCUCUCUACUGGGAAGGUGAACGAUGAAGAUUCAACUUUGGUCCCUGUAGCUGGAACCCCCUUUCACCUCCUCCUGAAGAGAAUCGCGGUUUCCCCCCGGAGCGAGGAGUUGGCAGUGGAGCGCGAGGCGCUGAGCAACAGCACGAAACUCGGCCACAGGAGCCGGCUCUGCCUCCAGCCUUUCCAGGUCGGGAGCUGCUCAUCUGGCAUCCCGAGCAUCUUUUCCCGACACAUAGAGAAUCCGGGAGGGUGGGGACAGCCCGAGAGAGACCCAGAUAAGGACCUGCGGACGCUACAGGAUUGGGAGCAGCUGCGAUCGAUACCCCACGAGCCGUCGAACGCCGAGCGGUCAACGCGGGGCGAUAUUCCCGGCUACAGACUGACCAGAGAGGAGCCGGGUGUGAGGGGAGCGAGCGAGGGGAGCGAGCUGGGAACGGGAGCCGCUCCCGAGCCCGCCGCGGGGCCGGUCGGGCCCAGGUCUUGCACGGUGCUGUCCACGGUAACUCAGGCGGGCAGGAAAAGCUCGGAAGCUGCUGGAUUUGGGGUUAGAGGCAGAACCCAGGGCCUGAAAGCCACCCCGGGCCGGGACAUCCUGCGCAAGCUGGCCAAGAAGGUGCAAGAGGCCGGCAUCAAGCCCUGGUCCUGGAAGUCGCGGAGAGACGAGGGGGAGCCUGGGAGUGAGGCGGCAGGGGAGGAGAGGUGUGCGUACGGCAGCCGGGAGCAGGUGGAGGCGGAGGAGGCACUCAGGCAGAGGAACGUCAGUGGGAGUUUGCUACACCACGUCAGCCCGGAACGCCACCCCGGCUUAGCCGAGACGGGGUUCGGGAUGUCCCCUGCUGAUGUCAACACGGCCCGCGGUUAUCUGCCGUUCGACCCCACACUGCCCGCACCGAGGUGUGUGGUGGUGCUGUGCGAUCCCAGGAAGAAUGAGCAAAGUCAUAUCCUCAAUGCUUCCAGGAAAGCAAUUAGCGCCUUGGCAUUCUCGCCAGAUGGAAAAUAUUUGGUGACUGGAGAGAGUGGACACGAGCCCGCUGUGCGGGUGUGGAAUGUGGCUGAGAAGACCCAAGUGGCUGAGUUACAAUGCCACAUGUACGGAGUGCUGUGCGUGGCCUUCUCCCCCAACAUGAAGUAUAUUGUAUCGGUGGGCUUCCAGCAUAACAAGACCGUCAACGUCUGGGAUUGGAAGAAAAACUGCAUUGUAGCUUCUAACAAGGUCUCCAGUAAGGUCACGGCCAUCUCCUUUUCCGAAGACGGCAGUUACUUUGUGACGGUUGGCCACAGGCACGUCAAGUUCUGGUACUUGAACGAAUCGAAAGCCUGCAAGGCAAAUGUGACCAUUCCUCUAUUGGGGCGAUCAGGACUGCUGGGGGAGCUGCACAAUAACCUGUUCUGUGGCGUAGUGUGUGUUAAGGGCAAGACUUUCUGCAGCACCAGCUCCGGCCUUCUGUGUCAGUUCAACUCGAGAAGACAGCUUGACAAGUGGCUGGAUCUACAGACAUCCGUUGCGAACUCGAUGACUGUGGCAGAGAAUUUUAUCAUCUGUGGCUGUUCUGAUGGGACAGUGAAACUGUUUGAUCCCGCGACCCUCCAGCUUAUCACCCAUCUGCCCAAACCUCAUCACCUGGGUGUGGAUGUAGCAGCUGGACUUGAACCAAGCCAUCUCUUUACCCCGAAAACUGACGCUAUCUAUCCCGACACUGUGGCUGUGGCUUUCGACCCCGAAAUCAGGGCUGUCAUGUGUGACAAUGACCACAGUCUGUACGUGUGGGAUAUAAAAGACACUAAGAACGUGAAAAAGAUUUACUCUGCGCUUUAUCACAGUUCGAGUGUGUGGAACAUAGAGGUUUAUCCCAACUGGAAGACGCCUUUCUUGGCAACGACGCCGACGGGCAGAGCGAGUCCACUGGCGUCCGCUUCCCCGCUGGGCUGCGCUCCGGGUUCUAACCCGGCGGGAAUGUCCUGUGUGUCCGGCUUACCGGAAACGCCGAGCGCGGUGAGGGCCAUCGCCACUCGUGGUAGCAACGACAACAACCCCCACCACAACAGUAGCCACAGCGCGUCUGCGAGUCAGCCCCCCGAGCUGCUGUUUCAGGGCAGCCCCGACAAGCCACGCCACGUAGCUCCCGCGCUGGCGGCGAGAGUCGCACCGGACGCCAGCGGCCCAGCGGAAAGGCGGGACGAGGUGGAGCGGGCUGGUCUGCAGCUCCACACGGCCGGCGCCAUCCGUCACACAUCCACCCAUCAGCCCAGCGCUCUCGGAGAUGAGCUGAGCCACUGCGGUUUCCCUGGGGAGCAGCUCCGGUCGGCUCCGACCGUCAAGACCUCGCCCGUGGAGAGGGACCUGUUUUAUCCGACGGCCUUUGACACCAGCUGGCUCCCGACCAACGGUGAAAUGGCUUCCUUUCUGUCGGAGGAGCUGGAGGGUGUUGGGAAGGACCUGGAGGACGAGGAGGAGGCGGAGGAGGGGUCCGGACGGAGGCUGGGAGAGCCGGGCUACGGGGAGUCAGCCGCUGAGUCCGACCCGCUCGGAGCCGAGAGGAAGAAGUGGGAGCGUCAGGAGGAAGCCGCUUUCGCCUCGGUGCAGGGAUCGUCCGUGGGCAGCUCGGACUGGGGCAGCCACUCCGACUUCGAUCUGACCGCGGAGGAUGUCAACGAGAUUGACGUGGAAAUACUGAGCCACUCGGACAGCGAGUACAUCGACAUGGAGAUGGAAGAGGGUGAGGUGGAGGACGGGCUUCCCGUGUCUUUAGCCGUCAGCAAAUUGUGUGCCCCUCCCAGGUGGCAUUUUCACAAUUAUUCUCAAGUGCCCAUGUUACAAUCUCACAGACACCCGACCAAGAGAAGGCUGAGGAGAAGCAGGAAGAACCUCCUGAGACACACUAUGCGGGAGCGAGAGCUACGACGGUUGAUGCAGACUCGUUUCAAUGGGCUGAGAGAACUUCUCUUCAAGUACGAGAAGGUUUCCAAGCGGGCCAUCCUGAACGAGGCCAUCAAUGAAAUCCAGGCCUUGAACGAAAAGGCGCAGAAAUUGGCGGUGGAGAAAAAGCUGCUGAUGAAAAAGCACAGGGCGUUGUUCAAGAUCAUCUCAGUCCUGUCCGGAGAGAAGAAGUGUAAGGAUCAGCAAAGCAGAGCGGCUGAAUGCGAGGAGGUGACAAAGGGAGUUACAAGGCAGACAUCGAGUCUGCUCUCUACUGGGAAGGUGAACGAUGAAGAUUCAACUUUGGUCCCUGUAGCUGGAACCCCCUUUCACCUCCUCCUGAAGAGAAUCGCGGUUUCCCCCCGGAGCGAGGAGUUGGCAGUGGAGCGCGAGGCGCUGAGCAACAGCCACGAAACUCGGCCACAGGAGCCGGCUCUGCCUCCAGCCUUUCCAGGUCGGGAGCUGCUCAUCUGGCAUCCGAGCAUCUUUUCCCGACACAUAGAGAAUCCGGGAGGGUGGGGACAGCCCGAGAGAGACCCAGAUAAGGACCUGCGGACGCUACAGGAUUGGGAGCAGCUGCGAUCGAUACCCCACGAGCCGUCGAACGCCGAGCGGUCAACGCGGGGCGAUAUUCCCGGCUACAGACUGACCAGAGAGGAGCCGGGUGUGAGGGGAGCGAGCGAGGGGAGCGAGCUGGGAACGGGAGCCGCUCCCGAGCCCGCCGCGGGGCCGGUCGGGCCCAGGUCUUGCACGGUGCUGUCCACGGUAACUCAGGCGGGCAGGAAAAGCUCGGAAGCUGCUGGAUUUGGGGUUAGAGGCAGAACCCAGGGCCUGAAAGCCACCCCGGGCCGGGACAUCCUGCGCAAGCUGGCCAAGAAGGUGCAAGAGGCCGGCAUCAAGCCCUGGUCCUGGAAGUCGCGGAGAGACGAGGGGGAGCCUGGGAGUGACGGCAGGGGAGGAGAGGUGUGCGUACGGCAGCCGGGAGCAGGUGGAGGCGGAGGAGGCACUCAGGCAGAGGAACGUCAGUGGGAGUUUGCUACACCACGUCAGCCCGGAACGCCACCCCGGCUUAGCCGAGACGGGAGUGGACACGAGCCCGCUGUGCGGGUGUGGAAUGUGGCUGAGAAGACCCAAGUGGCUGAGUUACAAUGCCACAUGUACGGAGUGCUGUGCGUGGCCUUCUCCCCCAACAUGAAGUAUAUUGUAUCGGUGGGCUUCCAGCAUAACAAGACCGUCAACGUCUGGGAUUGGAAGAAAAACUGCAUUGUAGCUUCUAACAAGGUCUCCAGUAAGGUCACGGCCAUCUCCUUUUCCGAAGACGGCAGUUACUUUGUGACGGUUGGCCACAGGCACGUCAAGUUCUGGUACUUGAACGAAUCGAAAGCCUGCAAGGCAAAUGUGACCAUUCCUCUAUUGGGGCGAUCAGGACUGCUGGGGGAGCUGCACAAUAACCUGUUCUGUGGCGUAGUGUGUGUUAAGGGCAAGACUUUCUGCAGCACCAGCUCCGGCCUUCUGUGUCAGUUCAACUCGAGAAGACAGCUUGACAAGUGGCUGGAUCUACAGACAUCCGUUGCGAACUCGAUGACUGUGGCAGAGAAUUUUAUCAUCUGUGGCUGUUCUGAUGGGACAGUGAAACUGUUUGAUCCCGCGACCCUCCAGCUUAUCACCCAUCUGCCCAAACCUCAUCACCUGGGUGUGGAUGUAGCAGCUGGACUUGAACCAAGCCAUCUCUUUACCCCGAAAACUGACGCUAUCUAUCCCGACACUGUGGCUGUGGCUUUCGACCCCCGAAAUCAGUGGCUGUCAUGUGUGUACAAUGACCACAGUCUGUACGUGUGGGAUAUAAAAGACACUAAGAACGUGAAAAAGAUUUACUCUGCGCUUUAUCACAGUUCGAGUGUGUGGAACAUAGAGGUUUAUCCCCAACUGGAAGACGGUAACCAGUCUUGCCUCCCGCCUGCGUCCUUCAUAACCUGCUCCUCGGACAACACUAUUCGGCUGUGGAAUUCAAGCCGCGCCUCUGGGUUUUGCCGCACUUCGUUUCACAGGAAUAUUUAUAGCACUGACUUAAUUAAAGUGAUUUAUGUUGAUGACAAUAUUCAGCACCUACAAGAUUCAGCCAACAGCCCCGAGGAAGCUAAAAACGGAGGAAAUUCUGAGCUUAAGGCAGGGAUUCGGGUUGUGUCCAUCAGCAAUGACGGGCAGCACUUGGCUUCGGGUGACAGGAUGGGGAACCUGAGGAUCUAUGACCUCCAGUUCCUGGAUGAACUACUGAAAAUCGAGGCUCACAAUUCUGAGAUCUUGUGCUUGGAGUAUUCAAAGCCUGAUACUGGAAUCAGACUGCUGGCUACAGCCAGCCGGGACCGACUGAUCCACAUCCUGAAUGUGGACAAACAGUACAGUCUGCAGCAGUCACUGGACGACCAUUCCUCAUCUAUUACUGCUGUGAAGUUUGCAGCCAGUGAAGACUUGGUCAAAGUAAUCAGCUGUGGAGCUGACAAAAGCAUUUAUUUCCGUACCGCACAGAAGUCUAACGAUGGCAUUCAGUUCACAAGGACCCACCAUGUGGUUGGCAAGACGACUCUGUAUGGCAUGGAUGUCGAUGUCACAAACAAGUCCGCGGCUAUUGGGUGCCAGGACCGAAAUAUCAGGAUAUUUAACGUCAGCAGUGGUAAGCAGAGAAAAUGCUUCAAAGGCUCGCAGGGUGAGGAUGGAAUCCUUCUCAAAGUUCAGAUGGAUCCUUCCGGAACCUUUGUCGCCGCAAUUUGCUCCGACAAGAACAUCUGCAUCUAUGAUUUAGAUUCUGAAGAGUGUGUAGCUACCAUGUUUGGCCAUUCAGAGAUUGUAACGGGCUUGAAGUUUACUGCCGACUGUAAGCGUCUGAUCACCGUGUCGGGAGAUGGUUGCAUUUUUGUGUGGCGUCUCGACUCGCAGCUGGCAACUUGUAUGAGGCACCGUCUUGCUGAAAUCAAACCCGCCGCUAAAGAGCCUCUGCCAAUCAGGAGAGAGACGUUCACUGUGAACCCACGGGUGGUCCAGGGUGACCUCAACGAUGUAGGGAGCGAGGAAGAGCGAGAAGAUGAUGAUGUAGAGGACCUGUCUGUACAGUCUCCCUCAAAAGAGCAAGUGGACAAAGACAAAGUGGACGCUGCCACCUUCCUGAUGACUAACGGCAAACUUCCCCUGUGGGCAAAGAGGCUGGAGGCGGCGGAUGGGAUUAUUUGGGAUCGAGCCACCCGCGGCACGGCAGACACUUUCCAGCCGAAGGGAAGGUGGGCCGAGAGAAUGGACAAGGACUUUAUUAUCUCCACAUUAGGAACGCGUCAACUGGAGGAAUGCUGCCAGACCCCAACUGACAGGAUGUCAACAGCACAGAUGCUCCCGGGCAAUGGUUUAGACAAUGUCUGCAACUUCAAGCCACAGAACCUGGACAACUUGUUCGAUAUGAUGGAGCUGUCUCCCAGCUUGAUGUCGGACAAGGCUUCAGGGAGGUCAAGUUCCCUCUGCCUGGAGGGGUCGGCAAAUGGGUUUUCCCAAGAGGCAGAGAUGGUGGAGAGCGAGCCAGCGGAGAGUUCCGAUCAUUCUUCCAGCACCGAGAAUGAUUACCAAGUGACAGAAGUGGCGAAAAACUUGGAGAAGGAAAUGGUGGAGUGGAAGAAGCCGGGUUCUGUGAACAGCCCAGACAGCGCCUGCUCUGUGGAUUCAUCACGAAGUCAGGCCUCCAGCAACGACGUGCAGCAGGACGAUUGCGGCUCGAUGGGCCAGCUGAGUUCAGACAGCCGCUCCUCAGAGGAGGACGAGGAGCAGUACAGCACAGCGGCCAAGCCUCAGGGCCCGAGUCUGGCUAACACCCCGGACGAGGAGAGGUUCUUCAAACACAACUUUGAAAAUCUAGCCAACGACUUCGCUCAGGAGAAGGCUGACAAGGCGCCGCCAAACCAGAAGCAAAGGCAGCAGGAGAGCGAGAGUCAUUUUUUCCUGAAUCCGCGGUUAAGUCUCACGUCGAGAUUUUUGUUACGUUUUCAGAAAAACUGCAACCUGAUGUCUGCUAAGGUUCAGCAGCUGCACUUGGAUUCUAGCCUCAGGGAGCAGAAGCAUACCCACGACGCCAUAUCCGAGUCCGUGGAGACCUUUGCCAAGGAGACAUCUUUCCCCGAGGCUCAAAUAGGGGCCGUAGCGAAACACUCUCUGAACAGGACGAGGAGAAACUGGAGAAGUGACCAGAUGAGUCGCAGUGUUGAGAAAAUAGAUUGUGACCUCGAGAUUGCUCCAUUCAACUUAGUCGCCUCCAAGUCUCAGUCCGAUCUCCUGAACGUGCACGAGAGCGAGAAGACGCCGUCUCAGCUGUUGCCGUCCCUCGGCAAAGACACCAAACACCGGUCGUACAUGCAGCCCACGACCAGCUCCAGAGCCAAAAUGCUGCGGAGUGCGUCCGUGGGAACCGACCUGCACCAGGCCACGUGGGAACAGAAAGCCGUCACCAGUCUCCCCAACUCCCGAGCCAGCUCCACGCUGGAUCUAACCGUCACGGCGUCGGCGACGGAGCUGAGCCCGGAGCCCGGCUCGUCGCAAGAGAGCCUCCCGGAGAAGGAGAACCUCGGCAAUCACCAGGCCAGAGCCAACCUGAGCCUCGACCUGUCCACCAAGAUGCACAUCGACCGCUUGCUCAUGCCUCCCCCGCCAAUGCUUGCUAACGGCUUGGGGUGCGCGGCAGCCAAGGGCAGGACGGGUCUGCGCUGCAGGCAGGAUUCCUCACGGCUGUCCUCCUCCUCCCCCUCCCUCAACAUCACCUCCACCGAGCCGGCUACAGACGCUGGGAGCAAACCGAUAACCGAGACCCCGGCAGCCCCCGCCUUCGACACC